AUGGCUCUAACAGAGACUAAGAAAAAAGGGAAAGGUACAGAAGAGAAGGAUGGAUAUGUGCAUAUAUACAGUGGUGUACCAAAAGAGGAGCGAGCCCGCGGUGGAGUAUCACUAGCAAUUAGGAAGAAAUAUAAGAAAUUUAUAAAAUCUUGGGACCAAAUCAACCUCAGACUUUUGCAGGUGGAUGUUGAUGUGAGAAAUCAUUCUUUGGUAGUUAUAGCAGCCUAUGCCCCAACUGACGACGCCCCAGCCGCCGAGAAGGACACGUUCUUUUUUGAUUUGACGACAGCCUUGGAAAAGAUUGGAAGUCGAAAGGAGGUGAUUCUAAUUGGUGACUUAAAUGGCAGAACAGGUUUUAAAUUAAAUGACCCAGUGGUAGGACGCUACGGAGAACACAUUGUAAAUAAUAAUGGUGACAGACUUAUUCACUUAUGCGAACAACAGGCACUCAGGAUUGCUAAUGGAUGGUUUCCACAUAAAGAUAUCCACAAAUAUACAUGGACGCAACCCACACGAAAUCUAAAAUCGUUAAUUGAUUAUAUAAUUGUUAGACAGAAUACUCAAAUGAAAAUUUCGGAUGUCAGAGUCAUGCGUGGCCCAGAAUGUGGUACUGAUCAUUUCUUGGUAGUAGCAAAAUCUUAUUUUCCCUACAAACAAAAAAUGCAAUCAAAUGGAUUGCCUGAGAAAAAUGAAACUCCAUUAAGUAACGUCAAGUAUAAUAUCGAAAGUUUGAGGAAUGACUCAACUAAAUUCUUGUACCAGAUGAGACUAGCCACGAAAUUAAACAGAAUAGGACAAGGAUCUCCAAAUGAUAUGUACGAAGGUCUGAAAACGUGCAUACAUGAAAACACAAACAAACGCCAUAAAUGA